CACCACUUUUAAGGUCGCUGCUUUUAUCUCCAUCAGGAAUGAGCUCUUAACCUCAUGGAGACUGUCCCUGAAACACUCUACACUGCUUUCGAUAAAAGCAUCUAUUAAAUCACUGUUUACUAACUGUGACUCUUUCUCUCUCUUUUUCUAGGUGUAAAGAGGGUUUCCAGGGCAUUCGCUGUGACCAGUUCCUGCCCAAGACUGACUCCAUCCUCUCAGACCCAAUGGAUCACUUGGGCAUUGAGUUCAUGGAGAGUAAGGAGGUGUACAAAAGACAAGUGAUGUCUAUCACAUGUAUUGCCAUGGGAAUCAGCUUUCUAGGCACCCUCUGCAUGGCUCUCUACUGCCGGAACAAGAGAAGGAGGGAAAAGCUCCAGGCACAUUUGAAGGAGAGUCGAAGCCUGAAAAACUACAACCUCAACUCUUCCAGCUUGGCCAGUAAACCCAAUCUUAGGCCUCAGCAUGUCCUGCAGCUCCAGAAAUUUUAUAAACCCACAAGGUCCACGCCACCACAUGGAGGUGCCAUUCGAGAGCUCAGUUUUGCUCCAAGUAAUGCUGACUCUACCAAUCCACAGGGCUCAAUGACAGGAAAACAGCUUAGGAGUAGCUCCCUCUCUCAUAGUCCUGAUCAGAGGUGUCGCUCUGCUCUUCGGCCUGCCUCACGCAGAACCCCGCCCAUAACCAGAGGAUGCCUGAAUGCCAUUGGUGGAUCUAGAGACUCUGGCCCCGCCUACCAACAUCUACAGGAAGUAGACAGUUCAGAGAGGGAGUCAGUGAGAAGGAACAUCUCUGGCCCAGGUAAUGACCUGCAUCAGGAUUCAUUUUAUAAUAUGCAAGCCACGCAAUCCUCAAAAUCUUGGAGCAGCCACUUAGACCACAGGUGUGCUAGGAGUCUCCGGUCAGGCGGUCCAAGCCAAAGUCCUCCUGCUCCAUACCGACCCUGCUCAAUCCCAAUCAUCCCCUCUGUCCACUCCUACCAGGAUGAGGUCUCAUGUAUGCAAACCGCCCCAACUGAUGGAAGCAGUCGCUCUAGUCCUCUUGAGGGAACAGCGAAUACUGCAGCUGUCCAUCAACAGUCCAUCCGAGCGGCUGGUAGACGGGAAGAAGUGGUUUCGCUACUGGACGAGGCUCAGGAGCAGCUUCGAGCGCUGGCACAUGCCCAGAGGAAACAGGAGGACCUUAGUAGCUCCGUCCCUCAGGGGGCCAAAGAGACUGUGUGCAUCCUUUUAGCAAAUGGGGGUGGACAAGGGGGAGUGGCCUCUUUUGGGCCAACGGAGACUCAGUUGGUGAGCCCAAGAGACACACACAAAGAUGCUACAAAGCCCGGCCAAUGAGAAGCGGCGGACAGGACUAACCACAAACGUCCCGUGUGUCUUAGGGCUUCACAAAGCUCUGCCAAAAUUGGGAUAUCACUGAAACCUACUGUACCAUCGAAUUUCUGAGGACCUGCUGUUGGUAGAAGUGUGGGGAGAGUUGACAGUCUGGAACAUGUGAAAAGAUAAUUUAUUUAUAUGCAUUUAUUUAAGGAGAACUUCUACUUAGAAAAAGAAACCAAAUAGUCUGUCAUCUCCAUGGUGUUUUUAACUGUAUAAAAUAUACAUAAAUAUAUAUAAAUGGAUAUAAAUAUAUGAAUUCAAACUGGUGACCAAGUACAAAAAAGGAAUAUGGGAAUGAGAAACUUUCUUUUGUAAUGUAUCAGCUCCACAUCCUUAAAGACUAAAUACUCAGUGGUUUAAAAAAAAAAAGAAUUAUAUAAAAAAGAGGAGUUUUUUCCACUCGUUUCACACAUUUCCAGCCAAGCUAAGCUUGUCCGACACACAAUCUUGUGUUUUGCACCUGCAGCAGCUGUGUUUACUAUCACCGUCCCAGUCACUGUCCUCUACCCUGCCAAGGAAUAUGGCUCCAUCUGCCUUUGAAAACCGUGGAACGUGGAUUACAAUUGGACUAAAUUUCUAAACGCUAAUCGUAUCCAGGCAUGAGGUAACUGAUAGUUAAGCACUGCCUCCAAGACAUCGAUUGGAAGAAUUUGGUGUGUCUGUCUGUUUGUGGAGCAAUCUGCGUUUUGUUUUCUGUGCCUCGGUACGUUCACUCAUUCAUUUUGGUUGGGACAAGCUGACGGAACAGAACACUUUGUACUGUACACCAUCUGAGAUGCACAAACAGAUAGUUGUCGCCUCUCUGGAUGGACCGAGGAGAUUCCUGCAUGGGAUAUUAGAGGGCAGGUUCGGCCAACACAAGGAGCUUCUGUUUUUUUGUUUUUCUUAUAGGAUUGUCUGCUGCUUUCUGGGAAAGUGGGUGGAAGCAGCAGUCACUGUCAGUCUGUAUGCUACCUUUGGAUUGGGACAUAAUAUGUCUGUGAAUUAACAACCAAAUGUGGAAAGAAAGAAAAAUUAACAAUGAAUCUUUUGUGAAACUGUUUCUUUGUUUACAAUGUUUUUUUUCUUUUCUUUUCUUUUCUGACCCCCGAUUCACACAUUUGUGCAUGUUGAUGGUAUUGUUUUGCAGAAUCAACCCAUGACAAAUAAUGAAACCUAGAACAUUUUAUAGAAAAGCCCCACUAAAAUGUAAUUGACAUGAAUCUGAUGAUUUCAAUUCAAAUACUGACCUAAAACAACUUGAGUGGUCUGAGUUUUAUAGAUCAUCUUUAUUGACCAUCUUAUGAGAAAUGCUCAAUGGCAGCCUUAUAUUAGAUUUACUUUUCUUACAGGCUGUUGUUCAUUCACGAGAAUUUAUUUAAGACCUGACCGCUGUAGUUUACUUUCAAAUCCCUCUUCGCAUUUAAUGUUGCAUUUGUCCACCAUCGCAGGUUGUGUCCACCAUGCCAGCCAUAACUCAAGGACAAAAUAAAAUAAAAUAUCUCCUGGUAAGAGAAAGCAAAGUUAAAGGUUAGCCUGAGGCAGAAAGUAGCUAUAAGGGCAGACAGAUAAGGCUCUCGCUUGAUCUUAUAACAUCUUCCUCUGGCUACAAGCACUGACCUCAUCAGCGAAGCACAGUGUGGUGGCAUGUCAAUCAAAUGCUAUAUGCCAAAACACCCGUACCAGUCUGUAAUCGUGGAUCAUAUUGACAAUAUUACUGGAUGGGAGAUUUCGAUUUUAAAUGCUGUUGUCAAAAAUGUUUUAAUGGAAAAUGAAGAAAUGGUAUUUUGGUAAGAAUGUUGCUGACUACUGAAUUUCAAAGUGUUUUGUUUCCUACGGUUGAGGUCAAUGUUUAUUCAGAAGAGAUCAGCGUUCAUGAGAAGAAAUAAACAGAAGAGUAAAUGAUGCCUCAGUUUUAAUUUUGAGUCAACAACCCCUUUAAAAGUAAGGGGUUAUUUUUUUAUUUUGUGACAUAGCAUGUUACAAUAUGUUUAUUCACUUUUUUAAGCUUUGUGUAUGCAUGUAGUUUUAUCCAUUUAUUUUUACAUGCAACAAAAGGGAUGCCAUAUUACUAGGUGAUCUAUAAAACUGCAGACUCAAUCACAUCCAGGCCAUAUCAACAGAUACAGAAAUUGUUCUUCACCUGUUAAUGUUCACUUUCAGUUGAAACGGUGUGGGAAAUGUUUCAUUUAAGCUGGACCAUAUUUUGUACACUAGUGCUUAAGUAUAUUAAAUUAUGUUUUUGCACAGUAAUUGCAAUGUAUGGUACUUUAUGCUGUCAUUAUUUCACAAUGUGACUUGACGAAUUUAUUACUGAAGAGAGAAAUAUAUUGCAAGAUAUGUUCGGACAGAAUGCGGAACUACAUGUGCAAGAGGGUUGAACACGAGCACAACUGAAAUUUCUUGGUUCUGUUUGACAGCCCCCUUGACGUACUUUAAUGUGCAAUUUCAAAAAUGAAAAAUGACAAUUUUGUUCAUCCUUGUAUGUGAGAAACUGCAUUAUUGCCCUCCCUAUUGAAAUAGUUUUCUUUUAAUUUAGUUCAUUUUUUUAUUUUUUCAAUAAAGAUGAAUCUUCAGUGUUGAAUCAUA